ACCUACCUACCUAAUUAUACGGAGCACUUCACUGUGCAUCAACUACUCCAAUCCCUCUUCGUAAGCCCCUCUAAAGUCUCACCAUUGAAAACUAUUCCUCAAGCCUUCAAACAUUGAACCCCUUUACAAUAUCAUUCUACAUUACAAAUUUUAAACCUUAACUUCCCCAAAAAAACAUCUAAUUCAGUUGUUAGAUUAACCCCUCUUUCUCUCUCCUCGAAAAAACAGAGGAGAAAGUAGAGGCGGAAGAAACAAUGUUGUGGAUGAGAUCCAUACGCCACACUCUAAAACCCCAAUCCUUGGGGUUCCAUUUUUGUUGGUAUUCUUCUUCUACUUCUUCUUCUGCAUCUGCUGCGGCUGUUGAAGCUGCCAGAACUAUUCAAGAUGGCCCCCGCAAUGAUUGGACUCGCCCUCAGAUUAAAUCCAUCUAUGAUUCUCCCAUUCUAGACCUUCUCUUUCAUGGGGCCCAAGUUCAUAGACAUGCUCACAAUUUUAGAGAAGUUCAACAAUGCACUCUUCUCUCCAUUAAGACUGGAGGCUGCAGUGAGGAUUGUUCAUAUUGCCCACAGUCUUCUCGAUAUGGCACUGGGGUGAAGGCUGAAAAGAUGAUGAAAAAGGACACAGUCAUAGAGGCAGCGAAGAAGGCAAAAGAGGCGGGAAGUACACGAUUCUGCAUGGGUGCUGCUUGGAGGGACACUGUAGGGCGGAAGACUAACUUUAACCAAAUUCUUGAACAUGUGAAAGAAAUAAGGGAAAUGGGCAUGGAAGUCUGCUGCACCUUGGGCAUGCUGGAAAAGCAACAAGCAGAGGACUUGAAGAAGGCAGGUCUUACAGCAUACAAUCAUAAUCUCGACACCUCAAGAGAGUUUUAUCCAAAUAUCAUCACAACUCGAUCUUAUGAUGAGCGACUGCAAACCCUUGAGUUUGUACGUGAUGCAGGGAUCAAUGUCUGUUGUGGGGGAAUAAUCGGUCUCGGAGAAACAGAUGAGGAUCGAGUUGGUUUGCUACAUACACUGGCUACUUUGCCUUCACACCCAGAAAGUGUCCCGAUUAAUGCACUUAUUGCUGUAAAAGGCACUCCUCUUGAAGAUCAGAAGCCAAUUGAAAUAUGGGAGAUGAUUCGGAUGAUAGCAACAGCUCGCAUAGUGAUGCCAGGUGCGAUGGUGAGGCUAUCAGCUGGGAGGGUUCGAUUCUCAAUGCCUGAGCAAGCCUUGUGUUUUCUUGCUGGUGCAAAUUCCAUCUUCACCGGUGAGAAGCUGUUGACAACUGCUAAUAACGACUUUGAUGCUGACCAACGCAUGUUUGAGGUUCUUGGAUUAAUUCCUAAACCUCCAAGUCUAGAUGAUGCAGAAUCAGAUGGCUCUGAGGAAGUUGCAUCUAGUUUAGGUUAAACAUUCCAGCAAUUGUCUUUAGUUUGUAGGAUACUGCUUUGCUGCUGAGAUCCAGUUAAAUGUACUUUUGAAAUCAUUAUUUUUGUUCUCCCCUCGCCCCGCCCCGCCCCGCCUUCUCUAUUUUUCUAAGGUAUUGUUUGGAUGCAUGGAAUGGGUUUGGGAAUCAUUCCUUACAAGUACAAUAUCCUAAAAUCAAUUCUGAUCCAGCUUUUUGGGAGAAUCAAAUUUGUUGGGGUAACACAUGAUAGUUAAAGUCCCUCCAUUUCACUAUA